UAUCAAGACACACUGUGCCCAAAAAGGCGAAGUCUUUCGUGCUCUUCCAUCGUCUCCUCCUCGUUGGCCAUGGCGAAGAUCAUCGAUGGGAAGGCCAUAGCGAAGGAUAUCCAUGGGGAGAUCGCCGAUGAAGUUCGAUCUCUCUUGGAGAAGUACGGGAAGGUGCCGGGGCUCGCGGUGGUGAUUGUUGGGAUGCGAAAGGAUUCGCAGAGCUAUGUGAGGAUGAAGCGUAAGGCUUGUGCCGAGGUGGGCAUCAAGUCCUUUGAUAUUGACCUUCCUGAAGAUGUCUCUGAGGAUGAAGUCAUUGCUACAGUUCAUCAGCUUAAUGCCAAUCCCGAUGUUCAUGGAAUACUGGUUCAGCUUCCCUUGCCGAAACACAUAAAUGAAGAGAAAGUCUUGAGUGAAAUCAGCAUUGAGAAAGAUGUUGAUGGAUUUCAUCCUUUGAAUAUUGGCAAGCUUGCAAUGAAAGGCAGGGAUCCUUUAUUUACACCAUGCACCCCAAAGGGAUGUCUUGAGCUUCUCUCACGGAGUGGAAUUAGUGUAAGAGGCAAAAGGGCUGUUGUAGUUGGCCGAAGCAAUAUAGUUGGAUUGCCAGUGGCAUUGCUGCUUCUGAAGGCUGAUGCAACUGUAACCAUUGUUCACUCCCGCACUCCUGAUUCUGAAAAGAUCAUUCAAGAAGCUGAUAUUGUUAUUGCAGCAGCUGGACAAGCAAUGAUGAUCAAGGGAGAUUGGCUAAAGCCUGGUGCCGCAGUCAUUGACGUCGGGACGAAUUCUGUCGAUGACCCAAGCAGGAAAACAGGCUAUAGACUUGUCGGGGAUGUAGAUUUCGAAGGCGCAAGUAAGGUGGCCGGAUGGUUGACUCCAGUUCCCGGAGGUGUUGGCCCGAUGACAGUCGCAAUGUUGCUCAAGAACACAUUGGAUGGUGCUAAACUUAAGAUCGCUCAGUGAAAACAUAUGCCAUGCAUUUACUUGAGGACAUUGUUGUUGUAAUCAACCCGUUUUGUUUGAUGAACACAAAAAUAAUAAGAUGUCACUAUUUUGUUUGAAAUAUUA